UGCUUUGGACAAGGAGGUGCAUGGGUGAAACAUGGCCGCCGCGGACCCAUCGGAGUCUCCGAAAAGGCAGAAAUCCCUGGCGGAGGAGGUGGAAACAUCUGGGGGGACAGAUGCGGCGGUGGAGGCGAGCAGCGGCUUAAACCCGGUGGAUGAAACCGCAUCUGGUAAAGCCUCGGACGGACCCGGCGAGGAGCAGGGAGCCGGGGAUGGCAACGACGGCGCCGCUUUCGCCAGCCAUUCUGAGGCUAGUGUCGAGUCCGGUGCUGCCGAAGCUGACAAAACGACAUGUAAUUCACCGGAGGACCUGACAUCGGCGGAAAAAAUGGCCCGCAACACCACGGCUUCAGGCGGAGAGCAGCGGUCCAACGACUGGUCCGACACGGAAGAGCAGGAUGGAGAGAAAGCAACACACACGGAGGGAAAUAAUAAGAGUGACCUCGAAGCUGUUACAGAGAGUGGUGAAGAGGAGCAGUGCAAUACACAUGUCGAUGCUAAAAAUACUGCUGAAGUGGAGGAGAUUAAUGAGAAGGAAAAUUCAUGUGACGAGGGGAAAAAUAGCACUGAGAAAGAGAAGGCUGCGGCGCCUGGAAAAGAAGUAGAUGGAGUUGAGGAGGAGGAAGAAGAGGCAGACCGAGAGGAAGAUGCUGCUGAUAUGACGACAAAGCCAAAAAAACCACGUAUGGUGUGUAAGGACUGCGGGAAAGUUUUCAACCAGCGGGAGACAUUCAACCUACACCGCCACUUCCACGCCCACGAGGAUGAGCUCACACCCCUUACCUGUAAAGAAUGCGGCCUUACCUUUCAGCACCGCAGCAGCCUCAUUAAACACAGGAAUGAACAUAUUAAAGAAAAGGAGCAACAGCUUUUAGCUUUGAAGAAAGAGGUUCGAACAACGGAGGGUAAUUUUGCAUGUGCUGAAUGUCAGAAGGUCUUCUAUUCAGUGGAUAAGCUGAGGGACCACACCUGCAGCAAUACAGUAGAUAAGCCUUACCACUGCCCCCUGUGCCGCCAAGAGUUCCAGUUUAAAGUAUCUAUCACUAAGCACAUGAUGUCCCACUCCCAGGAAAGCAUGUUUAAAUGCCAAGAGUGCAACCAGAUGUUCUUAAACAGCAUGUCGUUGCGCUACCAUCAGAGAUGCCACUCUGCCCUCAAACCCUAUGAAUGCCCUGAGUGUGGCAUGGUUUUCAAACACUACUCUGUCAUGGAAGACCACCGACGCAAGCACACUGACAACACACGCUCACACCUGUGCAACAUCUGCGGUAAGACCUUCAAGUAUAGCAGCCUCCUACAUCAGCAUCAGUACCUGCACACUGGCCAGAAGCCCUUCCGCUGUCCUGAAUGUGGGAAAAGAUUUGCCUUUGCCCAGAACAUGAAGGCACACUGCCGUCAACAUAGACUCCGUGAAAGUAACGCACUUUCCUCCACUGAGCAGCCCAGUAAGCAGACCACUAUGUCUGUACAAGAGCCAGUGAGAGGGCCUGGCAAAGAGAACACAGACCAGAGCGAGGAUACUAAAUGCACAUUUACCUGCCCUCUUUGUCCCCAAACUUGCCCUACGCCAGCUAACCUCAGAGCCCACAUGCUAAUUCAUGAAGCUGAGUUUGAGAUGCUGGAGAGAACAAAGGAGACGAAUCAGUUGUGGGAGAAAGGCCACAACUGUCCCCACUGCCCAAGUAUUUAUCGCGAUGAGCGAAGCUUAAAUGUACAUCUGUUAAGUGUCCACAAGGCUGUAGCACAAUAUCUAGAAAAUGUGACACCAGAUCCUAAAAAACCAUCAUUAAGCAAUGAUAAUUGUCAGACAAAGUGGAAAAGUGAUGGCUUAAAUAUGAAGUCCUACAAAUGCUCAGAGUGUGGAAAAGCAUUCCGUCAUCGCUCAGUAUUAGAACUACACAUGCGCAUACAUCCCACGGACAAGCCUUACCAGUGCAAAGUGUGCGGUAAGGGCUUUAGAUUUAGUAGCUAUUUACAGCAGCAUCUCAUCAUCCACACAGGAAAGAAACCAUACAAAUGUCCAGACUGUGGGAAGGACUUUGCCUUCCUGCAAAACAUGAAAACCCAUCAAAAGCUGCAUCAGGAAAAACCUUUCCGUUGCACAAGCUGCCGCAAAGGCUACAGUGAUGAGACCCAACUUCAGCACCAUAUGUUAUCACAUAAUGGUGACAAACCUCAUAAAUGUGACCUUUGUGAUAAAAGCUUUGGAUUAGCUUAUCUGCUACGCGACCACAUGAACACACACACAGGAGAGAGACCUCAUCGCUGUGAGGAGUGUCACAAAUCAUUUUCCUGGUUUAGCAGUCUGUUAGUGCACCAGAAAAUCCAUGCUCGCAAACGACAGGGACUUAGCCAGUUUAAUUCUUUUCAGAUGGCUACAAGGAUGAGAGGUAGGGGAGGCAGGGGUAGGAGAGGGGGGAGGCCAGUGUGGGGCUCAUCUAGACUGUUCGGAGGCUCAGAGAUGGUUAGCUCUCAACCUCCUCCGUUUUUAGAUCCUGCACUGAGAGAUGUUGAAAUGCACAGAAGGGCAGCUCAGCCUCAGUCUUCCAUGCUUCCCAUUCAUGUAGAUUUACAGGGGAGACAGCAGAAGGAGCCGUGGAUGGCUAAGCUGCCUGCUCUGCCUGUCCAGUGGAAGGUGGACGGAGGAGAGGUAAUGCCUGUCCCAUCCUCACAGCAGCCACAUGUAGCUUCACAGCCUACACACUUUGACAACCCAACAGUGUCAGGCCUGCAGCACCAUCAGAGAGGUUCAAACUGGGCAGAUAGCCCUUUAAUAUCUCAGUCUGGCCCCUCUUCCACACACAGUUUAGAGUCAUCCCAUGUAAAAGACAGUGUGGGCUCUGUGGUCAGCUCCCUCCUGACAGCUGUGCCAAAAAAAUCCAGUCCAUUAGAUGCGAGUGAAAUGGAGCAGCACAGACAACCAAAGCUGGUCACCUGGAGCAGUACACCCACAUCCACAGUGGUAGCUUCUGCAAGUUCUUUGCAACAUGAAUUUUCUCCCACCUACAUCGAUGGGGCAGCCCUGUGGAGCAUCAGACCUGCUCUACUUCCUCAAAAUUCUCAAAGCUCUUCAAAAAAGCCUGGUCAAGAGCUUCAGAUACCAAGAUGGCAGGGUGCCUCAGUGUCAACACAAAAGGAGCCAUCUACACCUCCUAAAAAAGAGGAGAGCAGAGUGUGGGACAUGAGUAAUCCUCAAGUUACACCGUCGACUGUUAGCCAGCCUGAGAAGCCAUGGAACAGCUCUGAGCCGCAGAAGCAGUGGGCUUCAGGCUUAGCAGGUGCAUCCACCUCGGCUCAAAAAGACCAAAGCAGUGCUAUGUCAGUUUCAACUUCUGCUUCUCAUGGGGUAGGAAGCACCUUGUGGGACCUUCAGACUCCACCGGGAGCGCCAAAGACUCAUAACUCCUCUGAGAAAUUAGUGAGUAAUUCAGAUUUUCAACUUCAGCAAAAGCAGGGGUCAUCUAGCUGGGCGGGUGCUCAGAGUCAGACCGUGACGCAGAAGGUUCCCAUCUCCAUACAGUACGAGCCUCAUCGCUUCGGCCAGGGGAUAGGAGCACCAGUGUGGGGCUUCCAAAACAAUCCUGUGGGUCCGCAGACUCUGCUCACUGGGCAACUCAAACCAGGGAAUGGAGCACAGGAGCUGCAGCAACAACCAAUGGUAACAGGCACUCAAAUAAUAAUAAAUCAGCCUUCUCCUUUUUUCUCACCUCCACUUGCUCCUCUCCCUCCUCUUGCUUUACCUGGUCCUCAUCCUCUUCACUCUGUCGCAGUUGGUGCACUUCCAAGACCUCCACACCCAAAUAUUUUUUUCACACCACAGGCAGUCAUGAGUGAGAGGCCACACAUGCCACAGACCCUGCCCCUACCUCAGCUCACCCCGCGGACAGAACCUCACAAACUUGGUCCCCGUUUGCCUUUCCCCCCUGAACGGCUUCUUCAAUGCAUGAUAUGCGGGUGCUCUCUUCCACGGGAGCUGGAUCUACAAAUGCAUUACUUGCAACAUGCACAAGGAGAGAUAUGACACUAGCAACAACACUUAGUUAUGUUUUUAUUUUUCUUAUUCAGUAGAACCUCAUUAAUAUGACCCUCAUUUGUGUAGUUUGACCCCCUGAGUGGAUGGUUAUUAGAAAUUAAUGGGUUCAAGUGAUACCUGAGAAAGCAUGAGUCAGUUUUGUUUGAAAGAGAAUGAAGCUCAACUUCAGUGUUAUGUGUGAAGGUUGUGUACAUGUGCCAUCUUUUUUAGAUGCAUCCAUAUUAACUAAGGCGGUUUAAACAGCUUAUGAGGUGUCCAUAUUCUUGAGGUUUUACUAUAUUUGACCUUCAUUUAUUGCCAAUGAUGAGUAGAUUUAGAUAAUAUUAGUACUUUUAUAGGUUUGUUCAUAUGUCCUGAACCAUUUAAACUGUCUUUUCCAUGUACAGUAUACUGUGUGCCUUUAUAAUUACAGUCUGCAUGUCUGCUGUCUUGGUAUUCUAGGCCUAGUUUGUGCUAAAGGUAGACUCAACAAUGUGACCUCACCCCCAAUACACAAAGCAACUCUUUCUAAGAUACUGUAAAGAAGUCCGUUUUUGCUUUUGGGAUGGGUGUUUAGCUCAUAUAUUUCAUGUGUCAGAACAUACUACAAACUGGUUGACUGUUGACAUGCUGUAUAACCAUAUUAGGUAUUCACUGGACCGUUACUGGGUCCAAAUACUCUUAGUAGAAUUUUAGUUAAGAAAUAAAUUUGGUCCAAGUGAAGGUAUCUGUAAACAUUGUGUUUCACAGUUACCAUUUACAAUCAUUUCACAAUUAGAGUUUUCUGUAAAUUUAACUCUUGGGUUAAUGGGUACAGGGAACAAGUAGCAUCCUUACACACCUAUUGGUGUCACUGUUGUAAAAUAGUGAAUUUUGUAAUAAAUUAAACAUGGAUUUAUCUGAAGUUUUGUCAUUAAUCUGUUCACAAUGACAAGACAAACCUGAAGCAGGUAAAUGUAAAAUAGGUGCUUUGCUCCGUGUGAGCAGUUUGAAUUAGCAAAUUUUAGUUAGUUACAACUUCAGAUCUGCAUGUACUGACAUUUAUAGUAGUCAGAUCCACUUUUACAAGUCAGUGUAUUUUUGUGAUUUAUAUAUUUAUUUUGUAACUGAGUAUAUUUAAGCCAAGUACAACCAACCAACUCUUGUUUUCUGGUGAUGGGCAUUUAAGUAGCUUUAGUAGCCCAGAUAAGUGAAAAUCUGCAUCAAUACUGUUAACAAAAACACACGGUCCAUUUGUACAAAUCAACUGUCCCUACACAUCUUAACAAAGUCAGUGUCUUUAAAUAAAAACUAAAAACGUGCCCUUCUACCUCUCACCAUUGUUUUAAAAUGGAAGGAAAUAGAAGUUUCCCCUCAUGUAUACAUACUGGAUUAAAUAAAACCUGCCUUUGAUUAUAA